GAAGGGAGAAGGGGGAGGGGGCGAAAGAAAUAGGAAUAAAUUUUAGUAUAUUUUUGGGGUGUGCGUGUGGUGUGAGUGAGCGAGAGUGUGCGUGCCGGCGCGCGCGCGCCCUUUUGCAAUUGCAAAAUUAAUGGCCAUGAGUUCUUUCUUGAUCAAAUCCAACUAUGUGGACCCCAAAUUCCCACCAUGCGAAGAAUAUUCCCAGCACGAUUACCUUCCCAGUCAUUCUCCGGAAUAUUUCAGCGGCCAGAGGCGAGAGGAGAAUUCUUUCCAACACGAGGCGUUGUACCCAGCGCGGUCCGCCUGUAAUCAACCAUCCUAUCCUCCAUGCCAGGGCUCUGGGCACCAACCAUCGGUCCUAUCUCCUAGGAGCCGGCAUGCCCACGCUCCAGCUGGACUUCAAAACCAUCUGUCCGAACCAAACCACACUUGUGAAUCCAUCACGCCAAGCCCACCGCCUUCCUGUAGCCAAAACUCUCUCAACCAAAGCCCGUCCUCUUGCAAAGAACCGGUAGUUUAUCCUUGGAUGAAGAAGGUUCACGUUAGCACGGUCAACCCCAACUACACCGGAGGGGAGCCGAAACGUUCCAGAACAGCCUAUACAAGGCAGCAGGUCCUGGAGUUGGAGAAGGAAUUCCACUACAAUCGUUACCUCACCCGAAGGCGCAGGGUGGAAAUUGCCCACUCCCUUUGCCUGUCCGAACGCCAGAUCAAGAUAUGGUUUCAAAACCGGAGGAUGAAAUGGAAAAAAGACCACAAGUUACCCAAUACCAAGAUCCGGUCUAAUUCUGCGGUCAACCUGCCGGUUCCAGGAGGGGGAGCUUCGGGAGGAGGCCCCCAGGACCGAAGCAACGGACCGACCCCUGCCCCCACUACCAAUCUAUAACCAUCUUUUGACCGUCCUCUGUGUAUAUGUGUGUCUGUGUGUGGAUGUGUGUGUCUGGAUGUAUGUGUAUGCCUGCCGCCUCCGGUGAUAAGAACUGGUGUAUGAAAGGGGAGAAGAUCGUGUUGUGGUUUCAGUGUUCCCUGAGGAAGAACCAUGGAGGCGCUGGGGGAAGGGGGGAGAGGGUAGGUGGGAACGCUAUUUAUACCAAGGGAAAGGAGACAAAGGAGAAGGUGGGGAGGGGGCUAUUCCUUUGGCCGGAAAGCGGGGAGGUGUUUGUGGUGCAGCUUUGCUCUUCUGUAGGAGGGUCAGUGGGGGUUGGAUUUGGUGAAGAUGGAUCCCUUUUUCAUCUUUAAUCAAGCCAAACUCGGGCCCAUUUGUCAUGUUUACUCUCGCGUACAAACGAAGGACCUUAUGCCAGCCAUUAGCGCGACAGCCAGAGUCAUCUUUAAUAAAUGAGGCCCGGUUUCACCUAAGGAGAACUGGACUCUUUCUCUCUCUCUUUCUCUCUCUCUCUCUCAAUCCCCUUCUUUCUCAACCUCUAGUACUUCCACCCUCAUCAACCACAAAACCAGUUUAAAAUCAGACUCCCCGUCCCUCACUACAGAAACGUGUGGGCGUCUGUUUAACACAGCCAUAGGUGGCAGAGCGAUUGAAAAGGGGAAAUCGAAUUCUUCAAACCCUCUUAGGACAUCAUUGGAUAGCUAAUAUUUCAAAGAAGGAGGUGUGCCAGUUGAGGGGGGAGAAAAUCUGGGGGGGGGACAACCAAAAAAAAAUAAAAAAGAAGUGCAACCAAAGCAAUGUAAAACAAAAGUAGUCCUUCAAGCUAAUUGCCUAACCUAUAAGACCUGGAAAGCAAAGAACACUGUGCAUUUCAGUCUAUAAAGUUGAUCAUAACAUAAGGCCAUAUGGGUUCCAGCGGCUAUUAAAAGAGGAGGGGGCCUUUUGUAAAUAAGGAUGCUCCUCCACUGUCCUCACUCCCAUUUUUGAACUGGACAUGUGCAUAAAGAUGGAUCUUCAGGGAAUUCCCUUGGGAAGUAGGGGAUGAAGGAAGAAAUAUGUGUUUUCUAUACUCCUUCCUUCUUCCCUCCCUCCCUCCCCCUUUCCCUCCAUCCCCCUUUCCCUCCAUCCCCUCAAUCUCCUAUAUAUGACAUUCCAAAAUGGUGUGGUUCCAGAGAACUUUGGGGAGGGGGAGAAAAUGCCCCCUCCUAUAGUUCUGUAUAAUUACCUCUUGUUGUUUCAUGUGCUAUCAGUAAAAACAUGUACAUAGUAAUGGAAAACCGUAAUGGA